AUGAAGCGACUUCACAGUUCUGCUACCUUCAUCUUCUUCCCACUCGUACCCUGCCCAUCAACCCCCUCCCUCCCCUUUUCCUCUCCACUCCGGUCUCCCCCUCGCCCCUCGUGUGUCUUGCGCUCGCGCCCCCUGGCUGCCCAUGUCAGACGGGGCCAUCCAUCACUCUGCAACUGCGCUCCUCCCAUCAGUCAUCAUGCCACCCUCUGCCCUCGACAGACCUGCGUCGCUGCACAUAGACUACCCGAUGCUGAGGUGCACAAUGCGGCGGCCAAUCGCACGUCGCACUGCGGUGUGCUGGAGUUCAUUGCAGAAGAGGGCUACGUGUACAUGCCAUACUGGGUGAGGCUUCCUAUAUCGGGCAAGGAGAAUGGUGGCAUUUUGGAGUUCAUUGCAGAUGACCAUAUGGGCGCCGUGCCUCACUGGAUUGGAUUAGGCUUGCCAUAUUGGAUGAUGCAGAACCUGCUGCUACAGGAGGGCGACGACAUAGUGCGGUUCAGAAACGCCACUCUCCCCAAGGGCACGUACGUGAAGCUGCAGCCGCACACCAAGGACUUCCUUGACAUCUCCAACCCCAAAGCCGUGUGA